CGCGUGACGCUUUUGCUGUGCGACGACUCGGAAGACAUGAUGACGAUAACCGCGCCGAUCUUUUAGCUCGGAGAGCCAAAAGACACAAUUUCCGUGACAUUGCGUGGCGUUAUGAAGACACUUAAGUCGUCCGAUUCGAGUUUUUGCUGCAUUUGAAGUUACUUGAGCGACAAGAGGAGGCGGAAUUUGGCUUUCUACACGACAGCCCCCCCACCUGACUUCAUUCAAUGAAGCGGUAGCAUCGCACUUAGCUUAUCUGGGCUUUGGCGAGCAAAAAAAAGAGGUCGUUAAGACACGCUUCGGUAACCCCUGGACUUACUUUUACACAACAUCGGUAACUAAACGGUGACGCGCUGGCGCAGGUUGCGGGUUGUCCGUGGAUAAUGCGAGACAGUGGGGGUAGCCUGACCCAGAACCGCUGGCAGGGAGAUCUGGGUCUGACUGCUGUGGGCCAGGAAGACACCGGUGGAGGCGGGAUUCCCGGGGAGCACCUGAUUGUCCCGGGUUCUGACCAUAGCAUCCCUAGCCCCAUGCACCUGCGCUUGGGUCAGAAAGAGCGGGUGUGGAGCGGCGAGGACGAGGCGGAAGAAGAGGGGUUGGACCACAUCAACGCAGAGUUCGCCGACGAGUUUGAAGGUGGCUGCUGGGAGGAAAAUGAUGACGAUGAGGAGGAGGAGGAGGAGAACGAAGAAGACGAGGAGGAGGAUGAAGAGUCGGGGGCUGUGACGGAUUGGACCGUGGCGGACAUCGCCGCUCAGCAUUACAAACACUUCGGCAUGACGGAGAAUGUCGAGGACGUGACGAUGGUAGAAGAAGAGGAAGAGGACGAUGGGGAAGUAUCACUGUCCGGAACGGGCCGGCAGACAUUGACGCCCCACCCGCACAGGUUCCGGGCUGUGCGGCGCUCCUGGCAACGGCGGCCGUUCCGCGGCACCCCGGGCUAUAUGCUCAGCCUGCAGUGGAAGCGAUGGAGGCAACGAGCCCAACGGGUCUCCUUCCUUCAUCUGCGUUGGAGCCUGAAAGCAACCAACUACAAUUGUUACAACAACAAGACCAAGAUGAAACACUAUCGUCGUUCGGCGUACUCUGACGACGAGAACAGCGACGAUGACGGAUUCCCUGCGUCUGAAAAACAAAGGAGCGGCUACUCUCCGAACAGGCCCGGGGACCGAGGCCGACGGGAAGCAGAAGACAAACGGGCCGAGCCGGCGCUUUCCGAGGAGCACGUGAGCUGCGUAACAGCAAUUCUGGAAGAAUGCCUGCAGAAAUACGGCAGUUUGAUCCCGAUUCACACGGAAGAUGUCACGGAGAGGCUUCAGGACAUCUUCAGCGAGAACUUUUCGCAGGGGCACAGGAAAGCCAUGGUCCAACACUUGAUCCAGUCCUUCCAGCGUUCCUCGGGAUCGGCUCUGGCCAAAACCUUCCGAGUCAACUACAAACGGCACGUUCUUACAAUGGAUGACCUCGGCACUCUUUAUGGACAGAACUGGCUCAACGACCAGAUUAUGAACAUGUAUGGCGACCUGGUCAUGGAUUCGGUUCCAGAGAAGGUUCACUUUUUCAACAGCUUUUUCUAUGACAAGCUGAGGACAAAAGGCUACGAAGGAGUCAAACGGUGGACGAAAAAUGUGGAUAUCUUCCAGAAAGAUCUGCUGUUGAUCCCCAUCCACCUGGAAGUCCACUGGUCUCUGGUCAGCGUUGACAUUCCUGGGAAAACCAUCUUCUACUUUGACUCCCAGAGAACCCUUAACAGGCGCUGCCCCAAGCACAUUCAUAAGUAUCUGCAAGCAGAAGCCAUCAAAAAAGACCAGAAAGACUUUUUGACCGGCUGGAAAGGCUUUUUCAAAAUGAAUGUGGGCCGGCAGAACAACGACAGCGACUGCGGGGCGUUUGUCUUACAGUACUGCAAGUGUCUGUCCUUGGGCCAGCCGUUCAGCUUCGGCCAGCAGGACAUGCCUCGCCUGCGAAGGCAAAUGUACAAAGAACUAUGCCACUGUAAGCUCACCGUGUGACCUCCUCGAUCCGUGCCGAAGCACACCAGCCGCGGCGAAACGGGCGGGGCGGGACAGACUGAACGCCCCGUCGUAGACGGCCGUUUUGUGGAUUCAACGAUGGGAGCUACUCGUUUAGCUAAACCCAAAACUGUUCAGUUCUCACGUGUUAUUUUUUUAUGGUUGUCAGAGUUCAAACGGGCCAAGGGUUCACCCUCACACCGCAAGGGGGAGGAGCUACGGACCCGUGCAAAACGGUUGCCAGUUUUGUGUUCAGACCUAAUAACAGUUAAGCAUAUGCUAGCAAAUGAGAUAAAUUUGUUCUGUGCUUAAAAUCCGCACCCAUCUCUUCAAUUUUUUUUUGCUACGUGAUGUCCUUUAUUGAGGUAAUUUGCAUUUAUCUGACUUUUUUUUUUUUUUUUUUUGUACGUGCGUUCAUGUCAGUAAAAGAAUACUUUAGGUCUGGGGGCGGGGGCAAGAAAAAUGAUGACUAGUUUUUCUUUAGUCACACAAGUUAUCCUCUCACUUUUUUUUUUUGUAAUGAUACUUUUGGCCCCCGCCAACCCUUCCUAAUGAAUUUGUGACGCAAAGCAAGUUGUUUUCUAUACACAAAGCAUUCUGGUUGCAAGAAAUGCAAAUAAAAAAAAUGGUGACCAAUGGGUAUUUUUGUG